AUGAAUGUUCCUAACACCUCAUGCAUAGACAUCAGUACUGCGGAACCCUCACAGUCUCUCAAUCCUUCAUUCUGUCAACCUGGAGGAAGAUUCAGGUUCGCUAUGCAAGCACCUACUGUGCCUCCCAACCCAGAUCUAAACAACCGAUAUACUAUUGGGAGGAAAGGCAAUGCGAAGCAAGCUCACAUAAGUGUAACCGGCCCUAGUGCAGCUAAUUCGGUUGCACCACCAACUACCUUUGUGGACCAGAACAUCGACCCAGACUUAUGGGGCAUCAAUGAGGUUGAAUGUCAAUCAUUUGAGGCAAGCGUCAGCUCUGACGACGAUGGUGAAGAAGAUGAUGAUGAGGAGGGGGAGGAAGAUGGGGAGGAGGAGGAUGAAGAGGAGGAGAUGAGAUUUUCUGGGGAAGAUUUGCCCCCUUCGCAACCACGAGUCACUCGUCCUAUUACGCUGGAAUUUGACUUUCAAUAUUCACGCGAUGAAGAUGAUGUGGUUGCUCAGACCAGUGUCUUACAUGCAGCUAAUCCCUCCAUGUUGUCCGUACAGCAGUCCAGCAGUUCACAGAUUCCUUCGGAUACCUCGCCUAUGCAGCCACAGCUACAGGAUGUUCAGAUCACAAUAUCACAGCCCAACAAUGUAUUGAAAUGCCACCACAAGAAGAAUAGCCAGCCACAUCUUCCUGAUCCUGAAGCUCUCGAGUUGUUGCAUCAAGUUGAGUCCGAUGAUGAUUGGCGGUCUAAGACUAAACGAUCGAAGAAACCGAGUGACGGACCAAAGCCAACUCAACUAGCAUGGUAUGGUCCGCAAUGGAAAAGCUUUCUCAAGGAUGCUAAAGGAGAAUGUUAUGCGCAACAUGCCCUGGAGAAUCCAUUUCCGGCUUUAGCUGCUGAUUUACCGUCGUCCGUAUGCAAGGUUCUCAUUUCAGUCUUAGUUGCAUGGGACCAAGAUGGUAAACAGUUUGAAGCCGGGAUCUGGCCACAGCAAAAAUCUAACAUGGCUCGACUGAAAUCCGCUGCAAGUCUUGCACCUCAAUCAUAUUUGCUCAUUCUCCCACCUUCGAUCCCCUUUCAAGAACAUGCAGAGUGGGUAGAACACGCUGCUGCAGCCUUACUUGAAGGAUCACUCUUCUUACGCUUUGGAUUAGAUGAAUAUGGGAAAACAAGGAAUUUUGCUCAUCCUGCACUUCACAUAUUCCACAACCAAUUGCCUGUGUCAUGUCUGGCUUUGGUUAGCGCAGCGUACAACUGCAUCCUCGAUGGUCUCACGAAGAACAGCAAUGGAAAAUAUUACCCGAAGUUUACUGUGAGGGAAUAUGGCCUUAUCUACUCCAAAAUGGUCCAGAUGCUCGACAACAUCCUUCAGGAUCUGUACCAUGGCCCUAAGUUGUUGGUGCAGCUGCGGGAGUGGGCUGAAGCUGGAUGGGCUGCAAGUUUGAGGGUCGAUGGAGCUAUGGAGACUCGACAUGACCACCUGCAGAUCAUUCUUGACUGA